AUGUCAUAUGUGCUGACUAAAAAUUCUCAAUCAAUUUUGGUCUGUGAAACAGACAUAUUGGAUUGUAUUGAUGCCCUAAAUAAGUGGGAUUAUGACAAUAUGAUCGAUACAGUCAAAUAUUAUACAGAAACUUUGACCAUAAAUAAACAAAUAUCCGAUAAAAAUGUGAGAGAAAAAUCCGAAUUAAUUAUCAAACAAUUUAAAUUAUUACCAUAUGAUAAGCAUGGUAAGGAAUUUUUAAGGCCGGCUGUUUCACGUAUCAUUCUAUUAAUCCUUUGUCAUUUUAAACGCUCUUAUAUGUGCAAUGAUACUCUUUUUCCAGCUUAUUUGCCGAAGUUUCGACCAUUUUCGAAUAUCAUGAAUAUUCAUCAAGAGAUUAGUUAUGCUUACUGCUAUCUAUUAGCAGCACUUGAUAUUGAAUUAGAUAGUACAUAUAAAAUAAUCAAUGAUAUUCGUUUUCAUUAUAUAAUGAGCCCUGCUGUUAAAAAUAGUUUAUUUACAGUAUAUGAAACAAUGUUGGAUCAUGAAGAAAACUUGACAUUGAAAGAAUUCUUUAAACGGCUAGAAGAGUGCUAUUAUUUGGAAGCACAUCUGCGUACAUUUGUUUCAAUAAUCAAAGAUUUCAACGAAUUUAUUGAGAGAUAUGAAUAUUUUCUUAAUAAGUAUUUAGACUUUCUCAACAAUGACUCAUCUGAAACAUUUAAUUUUGAAAAAUUGAGCAUACCAAUGCCAUGUACAGAUUAUUUAGAUAAGGACAAGGUGCGUGGUUUAUGUGUGAUAAUUAACAUUGUUAACAUCGUUUCUGAACCAAUACGUCAUGGUUCAAAAAAAGAUGUUCAGUUAUUGACAAAUUUAUUUAAAGAAAUGAAUUUUAUUGUCAGAAUAUGUAAAGAAGAUUGUAACAAAGAAGAAUUGGAUCGAGAGAUAAAUGAUAUCAAAUCAAAUUCUGAUUAUUGUCAAUAUGCGUGUUUAGUUGUAUUUAUCAUGUCGCAUGGUAUUUUAAAUUUUUUCUAUACUUCGGACCGUCAACAAAUCUCAGUACGAGACACUAUUCGGAAUUUUGAUGAUAGUACCAUUUGGAAAGAAAAACCAAGACUUAUUUUCAUUCAAGCCUGUCGGAAUAUUAAGCCAGAGAUUACAACACACGAACUAACUGAAAACGAUUUAUCAUCAAAUAUGUUACUAGCAUUUUCUUGUCACGAAGACAAAACCUCAAAACGACAUCCCGAGGUUGGAGGAUUGUAUAUACAAAUAUUAUGUCUCCUGAUUUAUCUUUAUGGCGACAGGUUUGUUUAUGUAAAAUAG